AUGGGGAAUGCAUAUCUUGUGAUGAAAUAAAUGGAUGGUAUUUAUAAAAUAAGAGAUGUAAAACUAAAUGCGGUGAUGGUAUUUUAUCAGGAUUCGAAGAAUGUUAUAUUAAGCAAGAAUAAGAUAAUGGAGAUAUAUCAUUUAACAAAUGUUUUAAUUGUGAAUAUUAAUGUGUUUAAAAUUGUUUUUAUUGUGAUAAAGGCAUUUGUAAAUAAUGUUAAAGUGGUUAUAUUUUGAAUGAUUUUAAUGAAUGUAUAAACGAAUGUGGUAAUUAAAGUAUUUAAGAAUUUGAAUUAUGUGAUGAUGGUAAUUUUAUUGGAUUAGAUGGUUGUGUUUAAAAUUAAUAUGAUUGUUAAUCUUAAUGUUAAGUCUGUGUUAAUGGAUACUGUCUGUUAUGUGAGGAAGGAUUCUAAAUAGAUUAUAAGAGUUUCUAAAUAUAAAAAUAACAAAAUUUGAAGAAUUUAAUGAUGGUAAUGAUAUACCUUUUGAUGGAUGAUAUGAUUAUAAAUAUUCAUGUAUAGAAAAUUGUGAUAUUUGUGUAUAAGAUGUUUAUUAAGGUUGUACAUAAGGAUAAAUUUAUCAAUUUCCUUAAUGUAUUCCUGAUUGUACAGAUAUAUAGAUAAAAUACAAUAUGGAUUAUUGUUAUAUUAAUGAAUGUGAAAGAAUGUGAAAGAGAAUGCAUAAGAUGUAUAAAAGGGAAUUGCUAUUAAUGUUUAAAUGGAUGGUAUUGGAAUUAAGUAGAAGUAAUUUGUGGAAGCAAAUGUGGAGAUCAUAUAAUAGUAGAAUUAGAGGAAUGUGAUAAUUAUUAAUAAAGAGAUGAUUUGUAUUGUAAUAAUAAAUUUUAAUUCGAAUGUCCUUAAAAUUGUGAUAGUUGUGAAUUUGGUUAUUGUUAAUAAUGUUAAAAUGAUUAUUAUUUGAUAUAGAAUUAUGUUAAAAUUAUUGUGGUGGUAAUUAAAUUGUGGAAGUAAUAGAAUAAUGUGAUGAUUAUAAUAUAGAUGAAUUUGAUGGUUGUUUUUAAUGUAGUUUAUGUUGUAAUUAAUAAUGUUCUUUAUGUAUUAAUGGUAGAUGUGAGAGAUGCUUAGAUGGGUAUGUAAAAUAAAAUGAAGAUUGUACAUCAAUUUGUGGAGAUGGAUAUGUAAGCAUUAAUGAAGAUUGUGAUGAUGAGAAUUGUAAUAAAUUCGAAUAUGAAAAAUGUAUAUAUUGUAAUAUUAGAUAUUAUUUAUAAGAUUAGAUUUGUGUUACAUUUUGUGGAGAUGGUGUGAUAGUAGGUAAUGAGAAAUGUGAUAGUGGUAAUAUAUUUGAAGAAAAUGGAUGUUAUGGAUGUUAAUAUUCUUGUUAAUAAUAUUGUAAGACAUGUUAAUAUGGUUAAAUGUAUUUAAUGACUAUUAUUCAUAUAAUUCUUAAAUGA